AUGCGCGCAGUUAGCAGUCUCUGAUAGGCUGGUGUGAUCGUGUGCAGUCAGUCGUUUGCUAGCUGAGGAAGCUGCUGUCAUGUGAUUUAGCGAAAGGAUACAAUGUUUUUCAAAUCUGUGGAUGAAAGGCAUUAAAAGCAAUGGAGGAGAUAAGAGUAUCUCCUGAUUAUAACUGGUUCAGAAGCACUGUACCUCUGAAAAGAAUAAUUGUGGAUGACGAUGACAGUAAAGUCUGGUCGUUGUAUGAUGCUGGGCCGAAAAAUAUCAGAUGUCCCAUCAUCUUCCUCCCACCCGUGAGCGGCACCGCAGAGGUUUUCUUCCAGCAGGUGCUGGCUCUCUCCGGAUGGGGCUACCGCGUCAUCUCGCUCCAGUAUCCUGUCUAUUGGGAUCUGCUGGAAUUUUGUGAUGGAUUUAGGAAGCUUCUAGACCACUUACAACUAGACAAGGUGCACUUGUUUGGCGCUUCGCUGGGUGGAUUCCUGGCUCAGAAAUUUGCUGAAGUCACGCAUAAAUCUCCCAGAGUUCACUCUCUGAUCCUGUGCAACUCCUUUAGUGACACAUCGAUCUUCAACCAGACAUGGACUGCAAACAGUUUCUGGUUGAUGCCUGCGUUCAUGCUUAAAAAGAUUGUGCUUGGUAACUUUGCCAAAGGACCUGUGGACCCAAAAAUGGCAGAUGCAAUUGACUUUAUGGUUGACAGACUGGAAAGCCUGAACCAGAGUGAACUGGCUUCUCGACUCACCCUGAACUGCCAGAACUCCUAUGUGGAGCCUCACAAGAUAAAGGAUGUUGCCGUCACCAUAAUGGAUGUUUUUGAUCAGAGUGCCCUGUCACAUGAGGCAAAGGAAGAGAUGUAUAAGCUUUACCCAAACGCUAGAAGAGCUCAUCUCAAAACUGGCGGAAACUUCCCCUAUCUGUGCAGAAGUGCAGAAGUUAACCUGUACAUACAAAUACACCUGCGUCAGUUUCACGGGACACGAUACGCCGCCAUCAGUCCAGAGAUGGUCAGCGCAGAGGAGCUGGAGGUGCAAAAGACAAAUCUGAGCAACAACAGUGAGAGUGAUGAUGAAUCAUAGAGAGCCCCACCGGCUUCAUACAGACAAUCUCUGAAUGAUGAAGAGAUCAAUCAGGACCUGAAUUUGGCCUGAUUUAGCUACACAACAUUCAGAGAUCACGUUUCGGUAUUCUGUUUUUCUAUUACCUUAAAGUCAGUUAAAUGUGAAUGGACUUUAAAGAGCCUAUUUUUACUUUAUGGAAAAUAAACAAUAUUUUGAUAUGAUAUAUUAUGCCUGUAAAUAAGUGAAAUUGAUUACAUAGUUAAGGUUUUCAUAGAAUGCCAUAUUUUGACCCGGUUGCCUUACACAAUAUACAUAAAAAGCACGCCUUUGUUGAAUUGAGCACUUUUUACUCCUUGACGUUAAAUUUCUGCCUUUUGUGCAUUGGUGUUGUUUUCUGUUUUGUAUUUGUUUCUGUUUUUUUAUGUAUGAAUGUUGUCAGCAUCAUUUUCUCUGUUGUUUGUUGGAGUCAUGCACUGAUAUAAAAUGAAACUCGUUUCAACACCAAAUUGUAUAAAUCUUUUACUUUUUCCAAAUGACCUGUCAGGAGUCCUUGAUUUGGAAAAAAAAGUCAAAAUGUGUCAUUAUUUACUUAAAUAAUAAGCUGUUUAACCACAAAAGCCAGAUAUUGAUAAUUGUUAUAUAUUUACAAUGAAUUUAAAUUACAAUAAUUCAAUUAAAAGUUAUGCACUUGCUGAACUCA